AUGUUGUUCAUUUGUCUAAAUGAGAAAAUAGGCGAUCGAUUAAAGAAUAAAAUAUCUGGUCUUGUAUAUUCCAUAAAGAACAAAAAUGAAGAAGACAAAGCAAAGACUCAAGUAUCUGGCAUUUCGUACAAUUUUAAGAAAAAGAGUGAUGGAGAUACCGAUAAGAUUAAACUAAAUAGCCACUUAUUCUCUAGAAAGAAAAAGUCAGAUGGCGACGAUCGUAAGAAAAAAAUAACGGGAGUGGUCUACUCAGUAAAGGCCCGUAAAUCUGGUGGAAAAGGAAAGGCUAGAUUAACUGGUGUGGCAUAUGUAUUAAAGGAACAAAAAGGCAAUCUACCCGAGACUUUGGAGUAUUUCUAUCCUUAUAGUAAUGAGAUCACAGUUAAAUAA